GGCUAACGGUGCAGGUUAAAUGAUUUGGGUGUAAUUGGCUACCACUCACUGUAUCUCCCCUUAAUAUAUGCCGUGUUUUUAGUCGACUUCUUUCAGGAAGAAGAUUGGCUUUUGGAGGAGGCAUACUAUUCGGAGAUGAAAGACGUGGGGUUCUUUGAUGCAGAUUGGAAAUAGCAUUUUACGCGUUGUGACCGCCUCAUUGUCUAUGUACUUUGUGAAUAUUUCCACUCAUGUGAACUAUCCACAACCCCGUCCUGGAAACGCAGUGGGGGCAAAGAUCUUCCUCUUCGGUGAUUGUGUGUAAACGGACCGUUCUUCUUUUAGAGAUGCUAAGAAUGUAGAAACUCUAAGGUUAAUUCUUGGGGAACAACAUCACCCGCGUCAGCGAGUAGAUCUACUGGUCUUCUUGUUCUUUCAACGUGGUAGCAAGUCAAUGGAUGAGCAAAAGAGAGAAAUGAAGUUGAUGGACCGUGAAGCUACAGUUUCCUCUUAUGUAGGUGGUUCAAAAAGACUCAAAUAUGGUUGGUAGAGAAGGCAUCCCUCUUCAGGAAGGAUCAGAAAAGAAAUGGAAAUAGCUUUUCUUGGAUCCGACCAGUCCAUCAAUUGGCAAUCACUUUAGGCCAAAAUGCACACUAACGAAGUUCACAGUGAAGCAUUAGCUGAAUCUUCUCCACCAAGGAUCUAUACUAAUUGCUCAAGAGAGAAGCAAUCGAUCAAUUUCUCCACCAAGUGAAGAAGGGACAUAGAUCAUAUGAGCAUACAAUGAUAGAAGAGCAGCUUCAUCUAUGGAAGGAGAGAAUGCAAAUGAGCAAUUAAUAUUACAAUAAUGUUGAAGGAUGAUGAAGAAUACCCAGAAGUAGAGAGAUAUCUUCAUUUUGGUUUUUCUUUUUAAAUCUUAUGCAAAUACCAUAUGUCUACAGGAGCAGGCUCAUUAUAUCAUUCCAACUAUCCUUGAUGCUCUGAAUGGUUCUGAAUCAAUCCUAGAUCCUAUCACAAAAGUUUGCACUCAAGGUGAUUCAUCAAAUACCAGGCCCCUUCCCGGCACCAUGAAUCUGAUUCUAACAUCUUUUGAUCACGAGGGACAAUAUUAAGAAAUAUUCAGGACAGUGCGUGUGGAUAUAAAGGGAAAAGACGUGGAGGGACAGUGUUUGCAAGUGAAGACUAAAUUUGUUGUUCUGUCCUGCAUAUGUUGAAAUAAGAUGAAACCUCAACCAUGAAGGUUCUUUCAACACUUUCAAGAUAUGGGGUUUUUCUCUUCCUUCUCCUCCCUGAAGAACGAUGAUUCGCUCUAUUCAUCGAAUAUUUGACGUGAUGGCCUCGCUGGGAGGAACGAAUAUUGUAACCAACGUCCUCAAGAAGGCUGCGAAAGUUCUUUAUUACUGCCACGAGAGGAAUUCUGCCCGUCACUCCAAGCCACCAAUUUGGACAGGGUUUCUUUUGAAAGCUUCCCGAAAUUUUGGUCUGGGAUUUCACACGAUAGAAGCUUUGGAGUACUUGUGAUUUUGGUCUGGGAUUUCGCACGCCAUUUUGGAGUACACGGAGAUAAACCUAAAGCACAUCCCAGGCAACCAGACAUAGAGAGAGAACUACGGGAGAUUGACUUUUCAAUCAGAUGGGUUGCAGUGACGACACAGCGGCGGUCGAGCAUCGGCGACAGAGGAGGAACUGUGAUGGAUUCUAGGAGGGGUAUUGUCGAAGGCUUCUCCUGGCAGCCGCGCUUCACACAGCGCAGAUCGGAGAGGGAAAAGAGAGGGAGUACUCUAUCGACCAGAAUGAAAAUAGAGAUGACGGGCAGACCUUUAGGAACAACGAAUCUUGAGGGAGAGGUAAAGGUGAAGGUCGUGGUUGCAGGAGUACAAUCAACAAUUCUUCAUCUUUCUCAACAUUGGCCCGGCGGCUACGAGCUGGGCUAGGUUAGCAACACCACGUGGCUUGCUGGAUUUGGGAUUGGCUUUGGUCUCUGGUUAAAUGACGUGGGUGUAAUUGGCUACCACUCACUGUAUCUCCCCUUAAUAUAUGUUGUGUUUUUAGCCGACUUCUUUCAGGUAGUUACAAUGAUCAAUUUUUUUCUUCCCAAUGAAGAAUGACAUUCUUAUAUGCACUUUGAGCUUCAUCUGUCACUUGACUCACGUCUAUACUAAUCGUUGUUCUAUUUGGGGGCAACAAACAAUUCAGGAAGAAGAUUGGCUUCUGGAGGAGGCAUACUAUUCGGAGAUGAAAGACGCGGGGUUCUUUGAUGCAGAUUGGGAAUAGCAUUUUACGCGUUUUGAUCGCCUCAUUGUCUAUGUACUUUGUGAAUAUUUCCACUCAUGUGAACUGUCCACAACCCCGUCCUGGAAACGCAGUGGGGGCAAAGAUCUUCCUCUUCGGUGAUUGUGUGUAAACGGACCGUUCUUCUUUUAGAGAUGCUAAGAAUGUAGAAACUGUAAGGUUAAUUCUUGGGAAGCAACAUCACCCGCGUCAGCGAGUAGAGCUACUGGUCUUCUUGUUCUUUCAACGUGGUAGCAAGGUAAUGCUUUCUAUUC